AUGGUUCAAGAAGAAGCUGGGUUACAUUCAAGGAUAACUUUCUAUCCAUCAUUGGAAAUAGGAGUCUCCGCGGAUAAACUUAGAUAUCUCAUAUCUUGCCUCGAAGAAAAAGCGAAGAAAUUGAUGGAAGUCACCAUAUGUCUUCCAAAAUAUUCUCCAUUCUCUAUGGAAUAUUCUCCAUGGAUCGUGAAUCAUAUAGGAAUGUGUGGAAUAUUUUGGAAGGCAUAUGGUGACUAG